GCCAUCUGAUACCUUGGUCCCCUACGAAACAGCAUCAGCUCUAAGGACGGAAAUGGCCAGUCAGUCCCAGGGUAUCCAGCAGCUCCUGCAAGCUGAGAAGCGGGCUGCGGAGAAGGUAGCAGAUGCCAGAAAGAGAAAGGCUCGGAGGCUGAAGCAGGCAAAGGAAGAGGCACAGAUGGAAGUGGAGCAGUACCGCAGAGAGCGAGAGCAGGAAUUCCAGAGCAAGCAGCAGGCGGCCAUGGGCUCCCAGGGGAACCUGUCAGCUGAAGUGGAGCAGGCCACAAGGCGCCAGGUACAGGGCAUGCAGAGUUCCCAGCAGAGAAACCGGGAGCGUGUCCUGGCCCAGCUUCUUGGCAUGGUCUGCGAUGUCAGGCCCCAGGUCCACCCCAACUACCGGAUCGCUGCCUAGGAUCGACCAUGGGGUCUGACUCCUCCAGCCAGUUCUCCUCCUCAAAGAAAUCUCCCAAGUCAAAUCACCUUCCCUUGCCUAGCAUGCAUAAGCCUUGGGUUCAAUUCCUAGUGCCACCAAAAGAAAAAAAAAAUCAACUCUCCAUUCUUUGGAAAAUCUGGGAACCAGAAUCCAAUAUUCUCCUGUGAAACUUGUAAAUAUUCUGCUCAAACCUGAAUUUAUUUAUUUUUUUCAAUUUAUGUUUUUUAAUCCUCACUGGAUCCUUGUAAGUACCGAAGUCAUUCCCUUCCUUCAUGUGAAGGGUGGAACAUGGAGAAGUAGGGACAUGGAAAGCCCUGUGACUUCAGAAAAUGGCAGAUUUGAGUUCCUUUCUCAACCCUGCCACUUGUUGACCAUGCAAUUGGGACAGGCUACUUAAUCUGGAAUCCUCAAUGUUCUCCUCUGUAAAAACUGAAAUAAUAAUGCCUACCUUGUGAGAUUGCUUCAACAAUUAGGAAUCAUUCUGUAAAGAGCUUAACAUAGUUCCUGACAGGUAGUAGUUAUUAUUCAAUAAAUGGCACUCCUGUGACAUUAUUCCCACCUCUGUUCACCUACCAAAACCUAAAUACUGCUGUUUCCUGACUUCUGCCAGUGACUCUUUAAUUUUACUCAUUUCAUUCUGUAUCCCUAAUAAUUCUCUGAAGAAUUGUUCUUACCUUGCUUUCCCCAGAGACCUUAUGGUCUCUGAAAAGAGUAAAUGAACUGGGCCCAGUGGCAUAUGCUUGUAAUCCUAGCUACUUGGGAGGCUGAAGCAAAAGGAUUGUGAGUUCUGGGCCAACCUUGGCAACUUAGUGAGACCUGUCUCAAAAAAAAAAAAAAUAAAAUAAAAAAAUAAAAGGCUGGGGAUGUAGCCUGGCAACAUAGAGACACUAAGUUCAAUCCCCAGUAUGGCCCUUCCCCCCCCGCAAAAAAUACUUAAUUUAGCCCCUCUAUUAUGUUCCAGGUAGCUAUGGCAUCUCUCAGCUUCUCUUUUUGUAUCACUUAAGAUGGCCUUUCUCUUUAUUGGAUUCCCCUCUCUUUCUGUUUCCCCAAAGACUACCAGAUGCUCACUGCUUCCUGAGAUCUAAAGUGAUAUGUAUCCCCCAUAUGCAUGACUUUCCUUUGUGUAUCCUUAACACCUUGCUCUCCCUUUGUAACAAUAAGAAAGGGUCAAUAAAAUAACUAAGAGCAAAUCA